UACCCUAUUUUUAACAGCCAUCGAGGUCAUCAUCGAUUGAUUGACUGAAUUCAUAAAUUAGAAUUUAAUGCUGAAUUUUGUUAUGAUCGAAGGGAGAACAAUGUUUGGCGUAGCUGCUGUUGGAGCGUCCGUAAUAGUGGGUUAUGGCGUUUACAAGUAUAUACAAGGGAAACAGAGUGCUCGAAAAAUCAAAGAGGCAGUCGAUGAGAUGGUAAAAAGCAUUGACAAGCCAAAUGUCUACAUCAGAAAUUCUGUUGGUGUACGAGAAAAACUCAAAAAACUAUAUGAGGGAGGUCCUGAAAAGCUGCAGAUAAUAUCAGACUUUGAUAAGACUCUCACAAAAUUUGUCAUUGAUGGGGUAAAAGGCUGCACAGUGUAUGGUGUGAUUGAGAGCUAUAAGCAGUUCCCAGAAUCAUACAGAGAGAAGGCCAAACAACUCAAAGAAAAGUACAUGCCAAUUGAAUUCUCAUCGAAUCUUUCAUCAGCUGAAAAAGAACCCCAUAUGAUAGAAUGGUGGACAAAAGGAAAUGAACUCAUUAUUGAGCUGAAUCUCAAGCAAAACCAAAUACCUGAUAUAGUAAAAGAUGCACACAUUGCUCUAAGAGAUGGUGUGGAGUGGUUCUUUGUCAAACUUCAUGAGAAGAAAGUUCCUGUGCUUAUUAUAUCAGGUGGUCUUGGAGAUCUAAUCAAAGAGGUUAUUGAUCAACAAAGUACUCUGUAUGACAAUGUUACCAUUGUUGCCAACUUCUUUAAAUAUAAUGAAGAGGGAGUAAUGGUUGGUUUUAAGGAGGAACUUCUCUUCGGUAACAACAAAAAAGAGAGAACUAAAGACUUGCCAUACUUUGACAAAAUUAAGGAACGUACAAAUGUCAUUGUGAUGGGUGACUUGCCAGAUGAUGCUCAUGUUUCAGACAGUCCUAAAAACACAGAAGUUACCCUAACAGUGGGUUUCCUGAAUGAGAAGGUUGAUGAACAUCUAAGCAACUACAUGGAUGCCUUUGACAUUGUUAUUGUUGAUGAUCACAGUAUUGAACUUGUGGAUCUUCUUCUGAUACCGAUCUUAAGGGCUAAUUAGAUGUCAUUAAAGAAAUUGUGACUCUGAAGAGAAUUCCAUAAAGUCAAUUGUAGAUAGAUGUGCACCUUAAGUGUGUGUGAACACACAGGGUUUAGGGUAGUCUUAUGCAUGAAAGAAUUGGUAUGGAAUGAAGUUGAUAUUAGCUAGAUUACAUGUAUAAGUCAUGCAGUUGUAGUCAAGUUUUGUGUCAUUAAAGUCAAUCAAACAUUUGCACAAGAGGCAUGGUCGUUUAUAUCAAGAGCUCUUUAGGAAGGGGCUGUUUAUGAUAGCUGAGGCAGGUAUUGGGAAUGAAUAUUUCUUCUAAGAAUUUUGCUACUGCUGUAUAUAGAAAAACAGCAGUUAGGAGGAAGCAGAAGAAGGCUGUGUUUUGUCAACUGUGGAAGUGAGUAAAGAAAGCUAAGACAGAGUCAAUCUUAGUAAACAAAAGCAAAUUUGCAAAUUUGAAGGGGUGGGCCUGCGUUCUGAUAUGAGAGAGGAACUUAAUGCAAGGAAUGAGUUGAAUUGUAUCAUUAUUGUAAAAUGAUACUUGCAGUCAGUUUAAAGUAACAUUGUAGAGAAGUAAAAAAUUUCACAGUAAUUGCACCUUGUGUUAUGCUUUAAUGUUCUUUGUAAUUGUGGUAAAGUUGAAGAUCUGAAUUCAUUUGCCAGCCUUCAGUAAAGUAGAUAGCAAAGUAGAAAAUCAAUUAAUUGUCAGGAGGUAUUUUUAUAACACUUGGGGUGACCUAAAUGUUGAGUUACAAGUAUUACCAGAUAUGUUGUAACCAUGUAAGAGAAUAUUGAAUAAAACAAACUGUGUGGAAAGGG